AUGGCGACCUGGCCCGUGGGGCGUCUAUUCAAAUCCGAAUCCUUCCCCCCUGGCCACGGCCAGCUCGUCCCGACAGUGUCACUGCAGCGCCACGCCUCGCGCCCACGCCACGCCCGCAGCUACACUCCAACUCCGAGCCCUAAACUAAACUAAACUAAUGCUCCACUCGCCGAGAAGGAAAUCUCCAGCCGAUCCGUGAGCCCUCCCUCCGAUUUGCUCAACCAUGGCCGCCGUCGCCGCCUGCCACUCCCCAGCGCGCAUCGCCAUCUCCUGCUCCGCCACCUCGUCCUCCUCCGCGCCCGCGCGCCCGCUGCGCGUGGCCGUGGUGGGGGGCGGCCCGGCUGGCGCGUCGGCGGCGGAGGCGCUGGCCUCUUCCGGCGCCCGGACGUUCCUCCUCGAGCGGAGCCCCGCGGGCGCCAAGCCCUGCGGCGGCGCCAUCCCGCUGUGCAUGCUGGACGAGUUCGCCAUCCCGCGGGACCUCGUGGACCGCCGCGUCACCCGGAUGCGCGUGCUCUCCCCGUCCAACCUCGCCGCCGACUUCUCCCGCGCGCUGCCCCCCGGGGCGCACAUCCCCAUGCUCCGCCGCGAGGUGCUCGACUCCUUCCUCCGCCGCCGCGCCGCCGACGCCGGGGCGGAGCUCGUCCCGGGCCUCGUCACCUCGCUCUCGCUACCGGAGGGGCCCUCCGACCCUUACCGCGUCCACUACAUCUCCUCCUCCGGGGGCGGGGGCCAGGGCCGGGGCGUGCUGGAGGUGGACGCCGUCGUCGGCGCGGACGGCGCCAACAGCCGGGUGGCGCGGGAGGUCGGCGCGGGGGACUACAGGACGGCCAUCGCGUUCCAGGAGCGCAUCCGGCUCCCCGACGCCGGCAUGGCGUACUACGACGACCUCGCGGAGAUGUACGUGGGCGGGGACGUGUCCCCGGACUUCUACGGCUGGGUGUUCCCCAAGUGCGACCACGUCGCCGUGGGUACCGGCACCGUCGCCGCCAAGCCGGAGAUCAAGCGCCUCCAGUCGGGGAUCCGUGCGCGCGCGGGGGGCAAGAUCGCCGGGGGGCGCGUGAUGAAGGUGGAGGCGCACCCUAUCCCGGAGCACCCGCGCCCGCGCCGCGUCGUGGGGCGGGUGGCGCUGGUCGGGGACGCGGCGGGGUACGUCACGCGGUGCUCCGGCGAGGGCAUCUACUUCGCGGCCAAGUCGGGGCGGCUGUGCGGGCGAGCCAUGGCGGAGGAAUGGGCGCGCACGGGCGCCGUCACGGAGGCCGGGCUGAAGCGCGGGUACCUGCGGCCGUGGGACGACGAGUACCUGCUCAUGUUCCGGUUCCUGGACCUGCUGCAGCAAGUGUUCUACGGCGGCAACGCCGGGCGGGAGGCGCUGGUGGAGAUGUGCGCCGACGAGUACGUGCAGCGGCGGACCUUCGAGAGCUACCUGUACAAGCGGAUGGUGCCCGGCGAGCCGUGGGGGGACCUCCGGCUGCUGUGGCGGACGGUGGCCAGCAUGGUGCGCUGCGGCGUCAUCGGCAGGGAGGUGGAGCGCCUGCGACGGCUCGAGCUGCAAGCCUAGAGAGCAAGCUUGGCGUCUCUAGCACAGCAGUGUGCUGAAUAAUGCUUAUGUGCCCGAUUGGCGCUGCAAUGGCUUUCUGAAUGCAUUUACAACACCUUUUUCUAGCAUAGAAUUUGUCCUGCUUUGCUGUAUUACUCACGAACAAACUCAUGAACUCAUGAAUUUCACCGGAACCAAUUCAGUUUC